AUGGCACCUCCACAUGCUUUGCGCGAGAGCAUUUCGCCUCCCCGAAGGACGCCCCUUGGAGCUGAACCAGAUUCGGAGAGGGAGUGGCAAGAGGAGAUUGAGAGACAAAUCGGCAACAAUACAUCCAUUCGACAAGCCAAGGUCGUCAACACAGCAGCGCAAGAUAGCGAACCUCAAUGGGCUGUGGCUGUUUUGCUGCAUACCGCAGAGACAGAUGGUAUAUCUACGCUCGGGAAUACCAAGAGGCCAUUUGGAAAGCUGGGAGAUAUCCAGGGCUAUUCUCAACUUUUAAAUCCAAAGCACUGGAUAAUGCUGAACGACCUGCCCACUACUGCGAACGGAGCGAUAGACGACAACCUACUGCGUCAAUCGUUGGCGCUGACGCAACAGAACUCGACAAAACAAUCGGAAGACGAAGCGAAACACCUUUUAAACGAAAUGAAGUCAACAAGUCGAUUCGACACGAAUAUAAUGGAGCGGGUACUGACCUGUCUUUGGGCGGCUGUCCUCAAGAUCGACACAACAAAUAUACGUCCACAUGACAGCUUCAGCGCUGUUGGUGGCGACAGCAGCACUGCCAUUGGGCUAUCUGCUCUGGCUUAUACAUUUGGCCUGAGCCUUCCCGUCUCUGCCAUCAUGAAGAACCAGAAUCUGGCUGAUAUGGCCGGCAUCGUCGGGUGGGCAGAGAAGAGUCACAAAGCCUCCCAGCCUUUCGGAUUGCUCCCCCAAGAAAAUGUUGAGAGUAUUAAGAAAACGCUGCAUGAAUCCUGUCAGCUACUUGAUGAUCGAAUAAUCGAAGACGCCUUGCCUUGCUCACCUUUGCAGGAGGGUCUUAUGGACCGCACAAUGCAACACCCAGGAUCACACAUUAUGAACCGCUCAUUCACCCUCCCCACCCACAUUGAUAUCCCCCGCUUCAAAUAUGCCUGGGAAACCACAGUCCUCAAAUUUUCGACUUUGAGGACUCGAAUCGUCAAGGUGAAUGGUGUGUCAUUGCAAGUAGUCGUCCGCGAUGAAGUCGGGUGGGACGCUGCGGAGAACCUCAGUAAGCGCCCAGAUCUCGAUGUGCGGUACGGCUCGCGGCUAUGCCGCUAUGCACUCAGCCGACUAGAGCCUGCUGGCCCUGUGGAGUUUAUUUGGCAGGCUCAUGCUGCUGUGCAUGAUGUCUGGGGCGUACGGCUCAUCCUCCAGUCGCUGUCGGAGACUUAUAAUGGCACCCUCAACAAGGACGCCGUGCUCGAACCAUUCUCGACAUUCAUUCGGUCCAUAAUUACCAGCAACUCAAGUGAAAAGACUGCUACCUAUUGGAGAAAGCAGCUAGAGGGAGCGAAGCGCGCUGCAUUUCCUGCCAAGAGAGAAAUACUCCGAGCCGACCACAGUGGACAUUCUGGACAUUUUAGGACGACAGUGGAGUUACCCCAUCAGUGCGGCCAGUUCAACAAGGCUGCGUCUAGUGUCAGAGCCGCAUGGGCGCUUGUUUUGGCGAGAUACUGCGAAACAAACGACAUAUGCUUUGGUGCAGCAGUGUCGGGACGGAGUGGUCCUAGGUUCGCGAGCCAGGCAGGGCCGUGUGUGGCGACUGUCCCCGUUCGUGUUGAAAUAAACCGAAACGAAUCGGUGAUGGAAUUUUUGUCACGGAUACAAAAUCAGGAACAUGAGAUGGCCGAUUAUGAACAAUAUGGCUUGAGAAACCUAGGCCUCUUAGGCUCAGAAAUUCGCGAUGUGUGCGACUUCUCAAGCUUGCUCCUUGUCCAGCCUGCUCUUUGUCUGGCAGCACAUGAUGCGCAUCUUGAAAAGCUCAUACUAGAUAUAAGCGAUUUUGCAGAAGACGCUCGAAUGAGCUUCCCCAGCUAUCCGCUAUAUGUGCAGGCGCAAAUUUCCGACUGCUCAUCGGUGGAGCUGAUCAUGACCUACGAUACUACUUCUGUCGCGGACGCACAGAUUCAAGCACUGUCCAAUCAGCUGGGCCAUGUUAUCCAGCAAUUUUACGAAAUUGAUGGCAGCAAACUGGUAGCAGAUGUCUCGAUCACCAGCCCCUGGGACAUCCAACAGGUCAACAGCUGGAACCAAGAGCAGCCCGCCUUUUAUGAUGACGUCGGACAAUGUCCACACGAACUAUUCAUCGAACAAGCGCGAAAGACGCCCAAUGCAGAGGCACUAUACUCGACUGAUAUGACACUUACGUACAGACAACUGGACCAGCAAUCGAAUGCUGUAGCGCAGUACCUUGCUCAGCGCGGCAUUGCGGGCAACGCCGUGCUGCCGUUUUGCAUUGAGAAGUCGGCUCUCGCGAUAAUUGUCAUGCUGGGCAUUUCAAAGGCUGGAGCUACUUUUGUGCAUUCAGAUUCUACUCAUCCACCAGCUCGAAGGCAAGCACUCUGCGACUUGGUUCAAGCAAAGCACAUCAUUACCUCACCCACGCUGGCUCCCCAUGUCCAAGGCAUGAAGCAGGAGGCUGUUGUGAUAACAAAUGACAUUUUGCAAGACUCUACCCUCUAUGACGGCACAAAAUUACCGACUGGAUCACGUCUUUCCGACAUGUAUAUAAUAUUCUCUUCCGGCUCCACAGGUACUCCAAAGUGCAUUCCCAUGCAGCACGGCGCAGCUACGUCUACGCUAAAAGCCCAACUUGCUGCUUUGGCUCUACCAAACCGAGUCAGAAUGCUGCAAUUUACCUCUUUCAAUUUUGAUGUAUCUAUUAUCGAGGCCUUCCUCGCAUUCUUUUCUGGCGGUACAAUUUGUGUCCCUUCCGAGGGCGAGCGCCUUGAAAGCACAGCGGCCUUUGCUACAGCGGCGAGAGCCAACCAGGCAAUUCUGACGCCAUCCUUUGCACGUACGAUGACUCCCGGAGACUAUCCAACCCUUGAAACACUCGUGUUGUUUGGGGAAAAGGUGACUGCAGACCUGGUAGAGACCUGGCAGCCUCGUACGACGCUCAUCAACUCCUACGGCCUGACAGAAUCUGGUAUGCUCAACACGGCGAAACGCUUGACAUCGUCUGGGUCUUUGUCAACCAACGUCGGCCGUGGAUUCAACUGCCAUUGCUGGAUUGUUGAGCCGGACAACUGCGAAAAGCUUACUCCCCUUGGGUGCACUGGCGAGCUGGUCUUGCACGGGUUCGCCAUGUCGAGAGGAUUUCUCAAUGCCCCGGAUUUGACGGCAAAAGCAUUCCCGAGCUCGAUGUCCUGGGAAACGCCUGAAAUGAAGUUACGAAACUGGAAGUACAACCGCACUGGAGAUCUGGCCAGGUUCCUGCCGGACGGCAAUAUUGAGAUCAUCACCAGGUCAGACACCCAAAUCAAGAUCCGCGGUCGACGUGUAGACGUUACCGAGAUCGAAACUGCCUUUAAGCAAGCAAACAGACAGGUGGAACAAGUUGCUGUUGAUCUCAUCACCUUGCCAUCCAGACAUCUACUAGUUGCAUUUAUUGCACUGGAUGAAACCGCGGGCUCAAAAGGCGACGGUGAGAAUCUUUUCUUGAAACAAGACGACAGCAUGCAGGAAGUAUUUCGCAUUCUUCAAAAUGAUCUCCAGGCCAUUCUUCCAGCGUACAUGAUUCCUUCGGUGUUCAUUCCUCUUCGAGAAAUGCUCUUUGCGGGCUCCAUGAAGACCGACCGACGGAGACUGCGCCAAUUAGCCCUGCAAAUGUCAGAGGAAGAAAUCAAUGGCUAUACGCUUCUCGAGUCUGAGGUCUUAGAGCCAACAACUGAGCUAGAAGUUCUAUUGCGCGACCUAUGGGCAAAAGUCAUCCACGUCUCUCCCCAGCGCAUCGGCAAGUCCACCACCUUCCUAGGCGCAGGCGGCGAUUCCAUCCACGCCAUUCAGCUCGCGUCCUUGGCCAGAGAUCAAGGCCUCAAUCUGUCUGCAGCUCAAAUUUUCCAAUGCCCACGUCUUCAAGACAUGGCUGCCAUUACUUCACGAUGCGAGGCAUCGACGGCGGACCAUGCAAAGCCCUUAGAGCUACUGAAGGGACUCAUUGAUGAUGUUGAUGACAUGGUCGAGGAGGCGCGCAUGAUGUGCAACCUGGAUACGACAGCUGAGAUUGAGGAUGUACUCCCAGCAAUCUCGCUGCAAGAAGGCCUCAUGGUCGAAGAAAUGAAAUACCCCGGCACCUACACUUCACAUCGCAUCAAUCAGCUUCCUGACGAUAUCGAUCCUAAGCGCUUCAGAACUGCAUGGGAGAAAACAGUCACAGUCUGUGCCUGUUUAAGAACGCGUCUUGUGCGUAUUGAUGGCUACACUUUACAAAUUGUCUUAAAGGGCGCUACGGGGUGGCUCUCGGAUAAAGACAUGGCAGCUUGGGAGCCAAGUGAGGCCACGACAUUGCCGUCGCUGGAAACUGGUUUAGGGAAGCCGUUGUGUCGGUACGGGCUGGUACAGAGGGGCGGCCAUUUCUACUUCAUUUGGAGUUUGCAUCAUGCCAUCUAUGACGGUUGGACACUUGGCCUGGUGUCGGAUCUAGUCCAGGGCUUUUACGAAGAUCCCAACUUUAGUCCAGCAAUUACGCCGCCUAGUACUCUCAUCCAGAGUAUACAUGGCAUGGAUGCCAAAAAGACAGCUGAUUUUUGGCACAAUGAGCUGCGAGACGCGAAAGCAGCCCUCUUCCCUCCUGCACUCCCGGUUAGCGACGCUCGAAAGCGCGCGACACACGCCAUUCACACACAUGACUUUGCUUCAGCCACGUCGUCUGCAAUCACCAAAGCCACCAUCUUGCGCGCGGCAUGGGGUCUUCUUCUGACGAGUUAUGCCGAUUCGGACGACGUAUGCUUCGGUCAAGUUCUGUCUGGUCGGCAGAUUGAUCUCGCAGGUAUCGAAAAGAUGCCCGGGUUGGCCCUCGCCACAGUUCCAGCACGCAUGCGACUGGACAAGACGCAGCUUGUAGAGGAAAUGCUUCUAGCGAUGCAACAAUCUACCGCCGAAGGUAUUGAGUUUGAACAAUAUGGGCUAUCGAAGAUUGCCCAGAUCAGCCCUGAGGCCAAAGAGGCUUGCAGCUUCACAAGCAUGUUUGCUGUCCAGCCAUCCCUCCACGACGUCUCCCGCGAUGAGCCAAGCAAACUCAUAUCCCUGCAAGAUGAAAUUAGGAACUCCUUGCCUGAGUACUUGAGCUACUCCUUGUCUCUACAGGUAGAGCCUCUGUCAAAUAGUUUCAUCACCUAUUUUACCUAUGACACCGACGUGUUCCAUGUGCAGCAGAUCGAGGCAAUGGCUCACCAGUAUGCCCGCAUCGUCGAACAAUUAAUCGCACCUGGGUCCUUGACUGUGGGUGACUUAUCCGCGGUUAGCCACUGGGAUAUUGAGCAAAUCAAGAGCUGGAACAAUGAAUGGGUUGCAGUACCGGUGGAGGCUUCCUUGCACGACAUGCUUUCGAAAGCCCUCCAGGCGCGACCUGGCAAAACUGCCAUCGUCACCACUGCGGGAACCAUGACCUACAAGGCUUUAGACGGCUACUCUACCAAAUUUGCACAAUAUCUUGUCAGCAUCGGUGUCAAGGAGGGCAUGAUUGUUCCAUUCCUCUUCGAAAAGUCCAUGUGGGCCUUUGUUGCUUUCAUCGGGAUUCUGAAAGCUGGCGCUGCGUUUUUGCCUCUGGACAUCUCAUAUCCAGCGGCCAGAAGGCAAAUUUUAAUCGAAGAGACGGAAGCCGAAGUCAUGGUUGUUUCGCCCACCCAAAGACAGGGCUGCGAUAGCCUCGUGAAUACUGUGAUUGAGCUGUCUCCGAGCUUCUUUGCCGAGUUAUCGACCGGAUACUCGAAAGUGGUGCUCCCAAAAGUGUCACCAAAUUCCCCAGUAUAUGCCUUUUUUACCUCGGGCUCAACUGGAAAGCCGAAAGGAAUUAUUCUCGAGCAUGCGGCUGUUUCCAUGUCUGUGCUAGCGCACAUCAGAGCCUACGGGCUUACCCAAGAGACGAGAAUCUUGCAAUUCUGCAGCUACAUGUUUGAUAUCAUUGUCAUUGACACAUUCGGAACUCUAAUAGCCGGUGGUACCAUAUGCGCGCCUACUGAAGAGGAGCGACUCUACGACUGUGCCGGCUUCAUGAACUUUGCGCGUGUGAACUAUGCAGUCUUAACGCCGACAUUCGCGCGAACUCUCGAUCCCGACUCUUUGACUACGCUAAAGACACUUCUCAUGGGCGCAGAAGCUAUACCGAAAGAUGUGCAGGAUAUGUGGUACGGCAAGGUCGAGAUCAAGUAUGGCUACGGGCCAACCGAAGCGGCCGUUUCCAACACGAUCUACACUGUAACCUCCCCCGAUACUCCGUCUACAAUUAUUGGAAAGGGUUUCAACACUGAUUGUUGGAUCGUGGAACCAGGCGAUCACAAUCGGCUUGUUCCGGUCGGCUGCGUGGGCGAGCUUGUGCUGCACGGACACAACCUCGCGCGUGGCUAUCUCAACAAUGAAGCCGCCACGGAAAAGGCGUUCCCGAAAGAUGUUGACUGGAUGACGCGUCUUGAAGGCGACACGCGCAAGUUUUAUAAGACAGGCGACCUCGUCAAGUUCCGAGCGGAUGGCAACAUUGAGUUCUUGUCGCGCAAGGACACCCAGGUGAAAAUUCGUGGAAGGCGAAUCGAACUAGGUGAAAUCGAGACUGCCAUUAAGAAAACAGUUCCUACCGCGACUGCUAUUGCAGUGGAAGUAAUUCGUCUCGAGUCAAGGGACUUUUUGGCUGCUUUUAUGCAGUCUUCUGUUGGCAAAUCGAGCACAGACUCUGAUCUGCUUUUACCAGUCGAUACAGCGAUGAGAAAGUCAAUGGCCGCUCUCAUGUUUGAGCUGAGCCACAUCAUGCCAUCAUAUCUCGUCCCAUCUGUCUAUGUUCCUGUGUCCAAGAUCCCCUUAUUGCCAUCUAUGAAGACUGACAGGAAGACGCUUCAGUCCAUUGGCAAGGCGCUCACUUCAAAACAACUCACUGAAUACUCAUUCACGUCGACAAUCCGAGUCAAGCCAACUACGGAGAUGGAAAACAAGCUGGUACACCUAUGGGCAAAGGUUUUGAAGCGUGGAGCCGACGAAUUUGGCAAACACGACAGUUUCUUGACUGUCGGUGGAGAUUCGAUUAUCGCCAUGGAACUCGUUGCUCACGCGCGAAAAGAAAACAUGAGUUUCACGGUUCAAGACAUUUUCAGAUCUCCUAAGCUUUGCGACUUGGCAUUGCUUGUUCGAGAAAUGGAAACUCAAAAGCGACAGAUUAAUCCGUUUAGUCUGCUGCCAGCUGACAAUCGCGAACUCAUCAUUCGACAGGCGGAAGAGUCUCUCCAACUUUCUGCAGAAGAACAGAUUCUGGACAUGUACCCCUCCACUCCCAUGCAAGAGAGUCUCAUGGCAGCCGCCGAGAAGUCUCCUGGGUCUUACAUCGCAUUACAAUCCUUCAAGCUCCUAAAAACUGUCAAUGUUGAGCGCUUCAUCCAGGCGUGGAACUUGACCGUGGACAACUGCGUCAAUUUGCGAACUCGUCUCGUCUCGUCUACAGGAAAGACCUGGCAGGCUGUUCUCCGAACUCAGCAGACUUACAUAACAAAGGUCGAAGACGUUCAAAGGACCUCUGAUUCGCUCAAUGCGCUGCUUCUGCCGCCGAUGUUGUAUGGCUCGCCUCUGUGCAGAUUCAAGCUCGUCAAAUCUGCAGACAGUAUCUGCUUCCUCUCUGCCAUGCACCACUCCAUUUUUGAUGGCUGGUCAGUCAACAUACUUCUGAAAACACUGCACAACUCCUAUCAGUCACAGAGUCUGCCGCCUCCUGUGCCUUAUACAGGCUUCAUUGACUAUCUUAACUCUCAAGACGACAAUUCAACAAAGGAAUUCUGGAUCAAGCAGCUGAGAGGAGUGAAACAGAAAAUAUUUCCAAUGGUCAAAUCUUAUACCAAGAAGAGCAUUCACAACCCAAGACUUCUGGUCCGAUCCACCCAGCUUCCUCCGUCUAUAGACUCGUCCGUUACCAUUCCAUCCAUUGUGCGCGCGGCGUGGGCUAUUGUCCUUUCACGAUAUUUUGGCACCAAUGACGUUUGCUUUGCCGAUACCAUGAGUGGCCGGUUAGCUGCUGUUGACGGUAUUGAGCACAUGUCUGGAGUGACCAUCAGCAUUGUGCCCUUUCGAGUUCGCGUCAACAAGGACCAGCUAGUUCAAUCCUUCCUGGAGGAUGUACAGGCUCAGUCUUCUGAAAUGAUUCCUCACGAGCAAUAUGGAAUGCGCAAAAUUGGCAAGCUGGAUCCGGGAUUUAAGGAGGCCAUUGACUGUGGCCACGUGCUUGUGAUACAGCCCUCGCAGAGCAUUGAAUCCCAGCUACAGCACCCUGGUGGUGAUGCUGCACAGAUUUUGGAGCUUUGUGUGCCGGAAGAUGAGACCCUUCUUGCAGAUGCCGAGCGAUAUGACAGCUUCCCACUUUUUGUCAACUGUCAGAUCUUGGAGUCGAGUUUGCGUACAUCUUUUGUCUACAACGCUUCUUAUAUGUCUGAACGGGAAGCUACUGCACUGUCUCAUCACCUGGACACGACCAUUGGGCAGCUUCUGGGAAACAAUGCACAGACAAUUGGCGAUGUAUCCGUCGCUAGUGAUUGGGAUAUUGACCAGUUGACCCAGCGGAACCGCUCUUCGAACGUCACAUUGCCAGAGCCUCUGACCACUGUUCUGCCACUUGAUCCAGCUCCGGUGGGGUUUUGGGUCUCCGACUUCCAUAACACAAGCUCGCUAGCCGCAAUUGGCUGUGUUGGUGAGCUCUUGCUCCAAUUCGAUGAGACGUACCUAGCACCAUCAGGGUGCGAAAUCUUGGAAAGCAAUGUUUUAUCCUCAGCCAUCCCAUCAGGUCAUCAACUGGUGAAGACUGGUCAAUUCGUACGAUACAACGCAGAUGGGUCUCUGGACUACGUCGGUGAGCUCAAGUCUGAGGAUGAGCUGCAGUCACAGUACUCUGGCGUUGAAGAUUUCAUCGUCGCCAACUUACCAGAAAUAUCUGGCAUGCACUUCGAAACAUUUACUACUGGCUCAACUUCAGCUCUCGUCGCUUUUAUUGAGCCUAGGGCCCAAGAACCGCAAUCUGGAACCCAGACGCUUCUUCCUGUAACCAAGGAAUUAUCUACUCUUAUCCAGUCCACUUUCCACAUCAUUCAAAAGCGAUGGCCUUCGCAAAUGGUGCCCCAAUACGUUGUUCCUAUCAACAGCAUCACAAGCGACAAGGCGACUAUUCAAACUCGGAAAUUACAAGAUAUCGUGGAACAGCUCUCUACUGAGCAAUUCGCCUCCUUCGUCAUUCAUCAGCGAAACAUUAUUGCGCCGGCUAGCAAUGCAGAAGAAGAGCUCAGGCGGAUCUGGGCCUCGGCUCUCUCUCUUCAAGCCAGCGACAUUAGUUCGCAAGACAAUUUCUUCUUGGUCGGCGGCGAUUCCUUCAGCGCAAUCCAGCUCGCUGGCCAGGCUCGCAGAAAAGGCUUCAACUUGACUACCCGUGCCGUGUUCCAGAAUCCAGUUCUCGCUGACAUGGCUGCCUUGCUCGACAAUGAGGAUUCUCAAGAUGCGAUAUUCACGGCGCCUCCGUUCAGCCUUGUUGGAAGCGACAGUAUUUCGGAGUUUAAGUCAUCGGUCGCGAAGUUUUGUGGCAUUUCCGAUGGGGCGAAAAUCGAGGAUAUCUACCCUUGCACUGCUAUGCAAGAGGGUUUGAUGUCGCUCAGCGUCACGCAGCCCGGCUCCUACCUCAACAAGGAAUAUAUUCCUUUUGCAGCGGGUGUUGACAUUGCCAAGUUCAAAGAAGCUUGGAAUCAAGUGAUUAAGCUGUGUGAGAUUUUGCGCACUCGGAUUGUCCUCGUCGACAGUCAGGCGUUUCAAGUUGUUGUAGACGAGAACGCUGUAUGGGACAACGAGGCGUCGCUGAAGGACGCAGAAGUUGGGUACGGCUCAAGAUUGUGCUACUACUCUCUUUCUGUGCAGACGGAUGGAAUACCUGUCUUCUCUUUCAUGAUUCAUCAUUCCAUUUACGAUGGCUGGGUACUCGGUCUUGUAACCCAGACGCUGGAGAACGUGUACCAUCAGCGUCCCGCUCCAGCUCUGCAGCCCUUUUCCGGGUUUGUGAAGUAUGUUCACAGUAUGGACAAAGCAGCUGCUGGUCGCUAUUGGAAGUUGAAACUCCAGGGUGCAACACCGGCUUCGUUCCCCGCCAAAGUAAGCAAGGUUAUGAAGCGCCCUGCCCAGAGGAUUACCCAAACUUUGAAAAAGACCAUUUCCUUCUCCAAGGAUGCGCAAAUGGCAAUCACGACAGCGAAUGUGGUCCUUGCUGCAUGGUCCCUUGUUAUGGCACGUUACUCGAGCACCGAUGAUGUCUGCUUCGGCACCACGGUUUCCGGUCGCCAAGCACCCGUAUCUGGGUUAGAACAAAUGGCUGGCCCAAUGAUCGCCACUGUCCCUGUCCGCACCAAGAUAGACAAGACAACCUCGAUUAUGCAAUUUUUGGACACGGUCCAGAGAGCUGCCUUGGAUGGAGCUGCCUUUGAGCAAUUUGGUCUCCAAAAUAUUGCCAAGCUGGGAGCUGACGCAAAAUCGGCGUGCGACUUUACCAGUCUGCUCAUCAUCCAAGCUUCAACUACUGCCCAAGACGGCACCGGCCAAAAAGACAGCAUCUUCAUUGAAAAAUCCACCGAGGACAUUCUGGACGAAGCAGCAUCGCGCGACUUUUUCAACUACCCUCUAGUGGCUCAAGUGUUCCCCUCAGAAGACUCGGUCAAUAUUUUUCUUACGUAUGACGCUGGUGCCAUCUCUGAAGGAGAGCUUGUUGCAUUUACUCACCAAUUCGAGCACAUCCUGAAGCAGCUCUUUUCUGGAACAGAUAGGAGUCUUUCUGAACUCUCGCACGUCAGCCAGUGGGACGGAAGCCAUGCUCUCCAAAGCAGCAAGCUGAGAGCUGCCUCUGAAGAUUGUGUGCACUGGCGUUUUGAGGACAUGGUCCAAAGAUAUGGUGCCCUCCCUGCCAUCGAUUCUUGGGAUGGCAGUUUUACGUAUAAUGAGCUCUACGAGAAUUCUUGUCGGCUCGCAGAAAUGCUUCAGCAACGCGGAGUUGGCCCGAGCGUACUGGUCCCAGUCUGCUUCGCGAAGUCAUCUUGGGCAAUCGUCGCCAUGAUGGCCGUUCAGCUUGCUGGAGGUACUUUUGUGUCCCUUGAUGCAGAGUCACCUGCACAGCGUCUGAUUGCUUUGAUUUCGGAUGUCAAUGCGUCAUUCGUCCUUGCAUCCAAGAGUCUCAAGAAAACUCUCCAGUCUAGCGCAGUCGAGGUUCUGGUCAUCAACAAAGACACCAUUGCAGACAUUCCGAGACGUGCCAAUUUUCAACAGCCAUCAACCCGCCCUACAGACAGCAGCUUUUUGAUCUUCACGUCGGGCACAACUGGAAAGCCAAAAGCCGUGGACAUGUCCCAUCGUGCCAUUUGUUCCUCUGCGGACGGGUAUGGGGCUUCUCUCAACAUCGGACCCGGCACAAGAGUAUUCCAAUUCUCUGCAUAUACCUUCGACGUCGCCAUCUUGGAUAUCCUAGUUACACUAAUGCGUGGAGGUUGUGUAUGUGUUCCUUCGGACUACUCUCGCAUCCACGAACUUGCAGCUAGCAUCAAUUCCAUGCAGGCCAACUGGGCCUUCCUGACGCCUACUGUAGCGAAUCUUUUGUCACCAGAGGAUGUGCCUUGUCUGACGACGCUAUGUCUUGGUGGUGAAGCAGUCGGAGAUGCAGUAACAGACAAGUGGAAAGAUGCUGUUCAUCUUCAUGGCUUGUAUGGUCCAGCGGAGUCCUCAAUCUGCGCCUGGAGGCCGCGCCUUGGGCUGGAAGGAAAGUCUACAAACAUCGGCCGCCCGCUGUCGUCAGCGUUCUGGGUGGUGGAACCUACCGAUCACAAGCAGUUGGUGCCUGUUGGAUGCAUUGGUGAGCUCCUGAUUCAAGGUCCUCUUCUUGCCCAGGGAUACCGUAAUGCCGAAGACAACGAUCAAGAAAAAUGGCUUGAGAGCUGCCUCUGGCUGCCUGCUGAUAGUUCUGGCAGAGGUUAUCUCAGCGGUGACUUGGUGCGUCGCAAUGCAGACGGCACGUACGACUACAUGGGCAGAAAGGACUCUCAAGUAAAGCUGCGAGGGCAGAGAAUCGAGACUGGGGAGAUUGAGUAUCACUUACUGAAUUUCUUCCCGGGUGCCAAGCAGGUUGUCGUUGACAUCGUAGGCCUUGAGUCUUCUGAGUCACUCGCGGCUUUCAUCGACUUUGGUACAAUGAGGCCAUCGAUUGAGGAUAACAAACGUCUCUUUGCUGAAGCACGCGAUACUCUGGCGGCACACCUACCCUCCGCUAUGAGGCCUCAAUACUUUAUUCCCGUGGACGAUAUUCCGCAAAGCAGCACGGGAAAGCUUGAUCGCCGGGCCUUGAAAGCUUUCGCCGCAACAAUGGGUGCAUCUGAGCUGCUACAAUACAACGCCACUCAGAAGGUUGCUUCGAGGCAAUGCGAGAGUCCACUUGAGUUGGAACUUCGAGGAUACUGGUCCCAAAUACUGGGCAUCCCUGAAGUGUCCAUUGGCGCGGCCGACAACUUUUAUAGCCUUGGGGGCGACUCUAUUCGCAUUGUUUCACUGGUGCAGCGCAUCAAAAUGGCACACGGGGACGAGGUCGGACUUUCUGUCUUUGGCAGCUCAAAAACUACUAUUGAGGUCAUGGCCAAGGUCAUCGAAGCACACAAGACUGGAGGCGACUCUGUCGAAACGCCAAUGCACGACUUUUACAGUGAAAUUACGUCCGCCCUGGAGAGCCUCUCGGAUAUUGAAACUCUGCAGCAGCGCUGUUGCACAAGUCUCCCGCGGGGCGCCACAGUCUUCCUUACGGGCGCAACGGGUUACUUGGGGACAGAACUUUUGCAUCAACUGGUGAGGCAAGAUGGUGUUGAUAAAAUCGCGGUUCUUGUGCGCGCCAACACACCGGAACAAGCUAUGGGUCGAGUGAAGACAACUGCAGAGACAGCAGGGUGGUGGAGGCCGGAGCAUGAAGCUAAAGUCGAAGUGUGGCUCGGCGAUUUGGGGAAGCAGCAACUUGGUCUGACUGGCUGUCAAUAUUCACGUCUAUUGGGCCUUUCCACGAGCGGGAAUGUGGACGCAAUCGUUCACAACGGUGCCGUCGUCAACUGGAGUGCAGACUUUCAUGCACUCAAGGCCGAAAACGUCACCUCAACAGUCCAGCUUCUUCAAGUUACAGCGGCCUCGCCCCGAGAGCCGAAAUUUGUCUUUGUUUCUGGAGGCACUGGUGCCAAGCGAGAUGGGACCCGGUCGGCCAAGGACAUGUGCGAGGAUCUCUCGACGCAAAACGGCUACUCGCAAACAAAAUUCAUCUCAGAGAGCAUCGUCUGCGAACUCGCAAGCAAACUACCCCGAUGCCAGAACCGAAUCGCUGUUGUCAAGCCUGGGCUUAUCAUCGGUACCUCAUCUUCUGGCGUGGCAAAUGUAGACGAUUUUCUUUGGCGUCUCGCUGCGGCCUCGGUAGCUCUCGGCCAGGCGCCCAACUUGGGAGAGGACCAGGAUUGGGUUCAGCUUGCUGCUGUAGAUGCAGUCGCCGGCACCAUCAUCAAACCGCUCCAGGCCGAGGGAGCAGUGGAAACGUUUACAGAAAUGACCAGCGGUAUGCGCAUGACGGCGCUCUGGAAACUGAUCGGCGAGGCUGUCGGCCUAGAAUUGCCCCUGCUGCCCUACACGGAGUGGCACGUGGCGGCGCUACAGCAAAUGAAGGAGGUGCGCGAAAAGCACCCGCUGUGGGCAGUGCAGGACUUCCUUGACUUUGGCAACCCGGCUCCUCAGUCGGACGAGGCAAUGAUGUCAGCCAAUGCGCCUCUCGCGGGAACCGCAGAUGCAGUCCGGUCCAGCGUGCGGUAUCUGCAGCGGAUCGGGUUUAUCCAAAAGUCGGCGGUGGAUUUUGGCGCCUUGACUCAGCCCGCGAUUGGAAGGUCCGGCAUUCGCAGCGGUUAA